GUUUGAAGUCUCCUAACUCUAGUUCUGCUUACCAGAUUGUCUGAAUCUGAAGCUUUCUUGAUUACUGAUUAUUGUUUAUUACUGUCCUUUCUGAAUUUCUCUCCCAUAUACUCCACACUGCGUACACUCCUGGUGCACACGAUACCUCCUAGCUGGACGUUAACAGCUAAAUCACCCACAAAAUGUCUAAUUUAUGUGAUUUACCAAAUCUCCCGAGUGGUUUGAACAAUAAUGACCUAUUCAAAACAUCCUAUGGAGUUGGACAUCAUUGGAGAAAGGGAUUUUAUUUUCCUGAUUCUGACACAAUGAACAAAAUUAAUAAAGCACAUAGACCUGGUUUAGAGUCUGAACAUGCAGUUAAGCCCGAAGAUCACUACCAAACAUCGUACAAGCUUGUGCAUGAUCUGAAACUCCCGAACGAUUAUAUGAAAUGCUCACAAUAUCCCCUACCACCUCAUCACUGGAAUGUUCACUACAUAAAUGAUUUUCGUUCACGGUUUCUUUCUGGAGGCUACAGAAGACCUUUAAGCCCAAGCUAUCAGACCACUGAGACGAAGGAAUCAUUCUGUAAUAUUGAUGGACCUAGUGAACUAUGGCGUCCGUUAUCAAUACAACCUUUCGAACUUGAAAAUCAUCACAAGGAUGGGCCAUCCAAGAACAUCAUUGCAUCUACUAAGAGCGCUUGUUUAUCAGGCAGACCAUUAUAUCCUAAAGACAAGGAAAUAUUAAGACAUUUGGAUCCAUAUCUUACAACCUAUAUGAAAGAUCAUAGGAUUUGGAAGCCUGAAGAAAUAAAAGAGUCAAAAGUGUUUAGCUUAGAUCCAAAAUCAAUACCAAAAGAAGGCAUGAAAAUCCAAAAACUGCCUAUGAUUGACACGCUGAAGUUCAAGUAUCCCACAGAGAGCACUCGAGUACGACCAAUAACUCGUCAUGUACCAUAUACUGGUCUUGAAAGCAUAUACCAGUCAGAAUUUAAACAUCCAAAUAAUAUAUUCAACAAAAUGGACAAACAGUGUCCAGUAGACACACCAUUCACUUUACCAGAUCCAGGCAUUGCCAUAGUUCAUGCUACUCCAAAUAUGUAUAAAACAGAAUAUUCUGUUAUCGGUGAUUAUCAAAGAUCAAUACUGUAGUAGUAGUUAGAGCAAAAUUACAGAAGAAACGUAUUCAUCUUCAAGUUGAACAACAUGUUUUUUUGUCUACGUCGCAAACAGACUCGUACACUUACUCUCUCACACACACACACACACGCAGGUAUUGAUCAUUGAAUUCAAUCAGACAAAAUGUAAAAAGAUUGCACAAAUUGAUGAAAUCAUACUGUUCAAUUAAUCUAUAUAUAAUUGAAAAAAGAAAUAUAUAUCUAUGUAUAUGUAUCAGAAACAAAC